CGCCGAGCCACGGCGUUUUCAGUGGACCACCCGACGGCCGCUCGUCCAGUCAUGGACAUCGUUCUCGCCGUUCGCCACACCGACAACGCGGUCUGAUCCACGUCGUCGUCGCCGUCGUGCGUUCCCCGUUCGCCGGGGCCCGAAUGAUGGACGUCCGGGUCCGCGUCCUCCUGCUGUGCUGCCUGGCCGGCCACGCGUCCGCGCUGCCUGACACGAUCAGAAUCGGUGGUCUGUUCCAUCCGAACGAUGUCUACCAAGAAAAUGUUUUCAAACAUGCCAUCCACGACGUCAACAGCAACAGACACAUACUCAGUAGGUCAAAUCUUUCCGGUCAGAUCGAAAAAGUAUCGCCGCAAGACAGUUUUCACGCGUCUAAACGAGUGUGCAGUCUGCUCCGACUCGGUGUGGCCGCGGUUUUCGGACCGCAAUCGGCCCAAAUAUCCAGUCACGUCCAAUCGAUCUGCGACACAAUGGAAAUACCCCAUUUGGAAACGCGGUGGGACUACAAGCUACGGCGUGAAAGCUGCUUGGUCAAUCUGUACCCGCACCCGACUGUGCUGUCCAAAGCCUAUUUGGAUUUGGUGAAAAAAUGGGGAUGGAAGUCAUUCACGAUAAUUUACGAGAGCAAUGAAGGUUUAGUGAGAUUGCAAGAGCUGUUGAAAGCCAGGAAUGCCGCACUCUCGGCGUAUCCGAUCACUAUUCGACAGUUGGGUUCCGGAAGAGAUCACAGGCCUUUGUUGAAGCAGAUUAAGAAUUCGGCCGAGUCUCACAUCGUGUUGGACUGUUCGACCGAUAAAAUAUACGACGUGUUGAAGCAAGCUCAACAGAUCGGUAUGAUGAGCGACUAUCACAGCUAUCUGAUCACGUCACUAGAUCUACAUACGAUCGAUCUAGACGAAUUCAAAUACGGCGGCACAAACAUUACCGGCUUUCGACUAAUCAACCCCGAUACGCCCAUGGUGCAGAGAGUACUGAAACAAUGGGGAGAGAACUUCACCGUCAUGUCGACGGAAACGGCUCUCAUUUACGACGCCGUUCAUCUGUUCGCCCGAGCACUGCAUGACUUGGACAGCAGCCAAAAGAUCGAUAUAAAACCGUUGAGUUGCGAUGCUUCCGAUACGUGGCCGCACGGCUACAGCUUGAUAAACUACAUGAAAAUAGUAGAGAUAAGCGGUUUGACCAGCGUGAUCAAGUUCGACAACCAAGGGUUCAGGACGGACUUCGAGUUGGACGUGGUCGAAGUGAACAAGGAAGGGCUGUCGAAGAUCGGCACCUGGAACUCCACCCAAGGAAUAAACUUCACCCGAUCUUUCGUCGAAGCCUACUCCAACAUCGUCGACAACCUGCACAACAAAACGUUAGUCGUUACGUUGAUACUCAGUUCGCCGUACACCAUGCGUCGUGAGUCCAGUCAAAAACUGGUCGGAAAUGACCAGUUCGAAGGUUAUGCGAUCGAUUUGAUCUACGAGAUUUCAAAGUUGUUGGGUUUCAACUACACCUUGAAGCUGGUGCCGGAUGGCCGUUACGGGUCGUACAACGAGGACACGAAGGAAUGGGACGGGAUGAUGGGAGAACUCUUGCAACAGAGAGCUGAUCUGGUGGUAGCCGAUCUAACGAUAACCUACGACCGCGAACAAGCCGUCGAUUUCACCAUGCCGUUUAUGAACUUGGGCAUCAGUAUCCUCUACCGAAAACCAAUCAAACAGCCGCCGAACCUGUUUUCGUUUUUAUCUCCUCUAUCGUUGGACGUGUGGAUUUACAUGGCCACCGCGUAUCUCGGCGUGUCGGUUCUUCUCUAUAUAUUAGCCAGGUUUAGCCCGUACGAAUGGGAAAAUCCACAUCCUUGCAACUCCGAUGCUCCAGAUGUUUUUGAAAACAAGUUUUCCUUGAACAAUUCGUUAUGGUUUACGAUCGGCUCUCUGAUGCAACAAGGAUCUGAUAUGGCUCCUAAGGCCGUGUCUACCAGAAUAGUGGCAGGUAUGUGGUGGUUUUUCACGCUCAUCAUGAUCUCAUCGUACACAGCUAACCUGGCAGCGUUUUUAACCGUCGAAAGAAUGGACUCACCGAUCGAAAGCGCCGAAGACCUUGCGAAACAAACGAAAAUAAAAUAUGGUGCCCUAAAAGGAGGUUCAACUGCAGGAUUUUUUAGAGACUCAAACUUUAUUACGUAUCAGCGGAUGUGGUCGUUUAUGGAAUCAUCCAGACCUAGUGUAUUUAUGGCAUCUAAUAACGAAGGCGUCGAAAGAGUCGUAAAAGGAAAAGGGAACUACGCGUUUUUAAUGGAAUCUACCAGCAUUGAAUAUGUGAUCGAAAGAAAUUGUGAACUGACUCAAGUCGGAGGAUUACUUGAUUCUAAAGGAUACGGCAUAGCGAUGCCGCCGAAUUCUCCGUAUAGAACAGCGAUCAGCGGGGCUGUAUUAAAACUCCAAGAAAUCGGCAAACUACACAAGUUGAAAACAAAAUGGUGGAAAGAGAAAAGGGGAGGUGGAGCUUGCCGGGAUGAAACGUCGAAAACCAACAGCGCAGCUAACGAAUUGGGUCUGGCCAACGUCGGCGGCGUGUUCGUCGUGUUGAUGGGCGGAAUGGGCGUUGCUUGUGUGGUCGCUGUAUUCGAAUUCGUAUGGAAGUCGAGAAAAAUCGCAGUAGAAGAAAGGAUCAUUAAAUAUCAUACGAAGUAUAGGAAAUAGGACGGAAUAUUAUGCAAAAAUCAUCGAAACGCUGUCGCACCGGAACACGGCUUCAUCGCGUUACGUAGUCUCGAAGUAUUUUCCUUUUGUAUUGAAAAAUAAACUCAUCACGCGUUGUACCUACAUGUUUAUGAGUCGGCCAGUUAAUUUUAGAUUAGUACAAUAUUAUAUUGUUUACACUUUAGCGAGUUUCAUUUGAAUAGUUGUUCUCGAAUUUUCGAGAAUUAUGUAAUGUAGUUAGAAAAAAAGAUUAAAAACACUGUGUUAUCGAUGUUUAAGAAAAAUAAUAUAUUUCUGAUGUUCAAUGGUUUUCAACUUAUAUAGGUUUUUAUUAAUUUUAUAAUUUUUUUUUUUUUUUUUACAGUCCACAUUUCAUUUUAUAAUAUAUGGCUUUAAAUCAACUUUUUCUAUACUAAAAUGUAUAUAUAAAGAAAUAAAAUAAUGUUUAUUAUAUUAGAUUUUUGUACAUAAUAAUAUUAUAAUAUUACGUUCAUUGUUAGUACUCCAUGAAAUCCUGUUGUACGCUCAAUCAAGACGGUACAUAUUGUAUUAAUAUCACACGCAUUAUUGAGACGUAAUUUUAUGUAUUUUAUAUUUAUACCGCCGAAUGGACAAUGAAGAACUCAAAUAAACAGAAAUCAAUAAAAUUAUGUUUUUAUUUA